CGCCGCCGUCCCCUCCUCAGAUUUGCCCCUUUUCCUCAUCACCUUUUCCUGGUGUGACUUGCCCCUUGUCCCCUAGGGGACUUCUAGCCACGUCCGGAGGCAUUGUUUUGGUUGUUACAAAUAGGAGGGGCUGCUACUGGCAUCUAGUGUGUGGAGGCCAGGGGUGCUGCUGGACAUCCUACAGUUCACUGACGAGCCCCCGUGACAAAGCAUUAACAGUAACGCGGAGGUUUGGAAACCCUGCUCUAGGGUCUUAAAAUCGUCGAAGUCCUGAAUGAACUUAAAGACAAGUAAAUUAUCUCUGGAGUCCAAGUUUGAGUUGAAACCAGCCUCAAGUUUCACCUGUCCUCACUGACCCGUGGAUUUCUUUGUGACCAGAACUCAGGAGCAGCUUAGUUGGAAGGAUCUGGCUUGGGACUUUUCAUGAGGCUGCAGGAGGAGAUCGGCUGGGACUGCAGUCAUCCGAAGGCUCAAUUGGUGUCAAAGGGUUCACUUCUAAGGAGGUUCCCUCACAUGCUGGCACGUCGGUGCUGACUGUUGGAGGGAACAGUUUCUUUCCAAGUCAGCCCUGAUUCAGUGUGGCUGUAAAUUCCAGGAAUAAGCUUCGAUCGUUCAAGCUAUUCAGGAAGCUGGCAACUGUAGGGGGACAAGGUGAGGCUGUGUGAAAUUUAAAGCGAUAAGAGAAGAAGGGUUCAUGAGUAGGAAGCUACAUCGAUUUAUAGGAUUGAUUUAUAGGAUUGAUUUAUAGGAUUGCCGGCCAAAGUCAAGGGCCCUUUUCCUGUUGUUGACUGUGUUUUUUCUAGAGAUGGCAACAUAGUAGCUCUUGUGUAGGCUGGUCUGCCCAGAUGUUGCCAUAGAGCAGGCAGAGGAUUGGAAUCAAGCCUGGUUGGAGUUCUGCUGGACCAGAGUGAAGGUAGGAGGUAGGGGUAAGGAAAUUUGUUGAAAUGAAGGACAGUGAGAUCCAAGCUGGGUAAGUAUGAGGUAAGGAGAGAAGGAAGGGGUCCCUAGCAGGAGUGUAGGAGAGUGUACGGACUGUCCUUUGCGUGGGAGAAGUACACACACAGUGAAAGGAAAAGAUGAACUAACAAGAUCGAAGUUUAGGAGAUUCAGAGAGAGAAAUUUCUGAACUAUUGUUCUAGUUCGUAGAAUCAUGUCAGGUGAUGACAGAGUCUAGGCUGGUGCCAGGGGAGUGUGUGGCCAAGGUGGAGUGGGGACAGACUCUUAGUACUGUGUGAGGGUCGCCCUCCUUGGCUCUGACAUCAUCUGAGUGAAGCGGAAAGAAUAUUGGGAGUCAGGGGCCAGAGUGUCCAGUGCGUAAGGGCUUGUAGGUGGGAAUGUGCUUAUGGCAACCGCAUGGAUGGGAAGAAUGUGCCCUGAGACUCAGGGAAGCUGAGGUUCUAAGGUGGGUGGAGCAGUAUCUGUCCACCAUUGUGGGCAGAGGCAGACGCAUUUUGCCAUCAUGUGGUCCUGAGUUCAUCACGUGCUAAGCAAAAUAAAGGCCCAAUAUUAAAACAUAUUACAUUUUGAAGGAGGACAUGAUGGACAGGCUAAGAAAGAUUUGUCUGCAGUAACCUGGAGAGGGAAAUUGAUUGUGAGUACUUUGUGCAUUCCCAUUUAUUCCAGAGCCCUGUCCUGAGUGCACUGUGGGGGUAAGAGGAGGAGCGUCCUGGUUCUUCUGCUCCUUGUUGUUCAGGAAAACUUACUGUCUGAAUCACAGGAUGGCGACCAUGGUUCUGUCCCCAACUUGUGCUCAGUCUUCCCUGUACCUAGUCUCUCACCAGAAAGGAUGCACAGAGGAGGAAGGGUUGGCUGAUGGCUUCCUGACAAACUGGUUACAGGACUUGGUGACUUUCGAGGAUGUGACCGUGGAGUUCACCCAGGAAGAGUGGGCACUGCUGGACCCUUCUCAGCGAACACUGUACAAAGAUGUGACGCUGGAGAACUGCAGGAACCUGGCUUCGCUUGGGUAUCAUGUUGAUAAACCCAGUCUGAUCUCCCAGUUGGAGCAAGAAGACAAGGUAAUGACAGAGGAAAGAGGAAUUCUCCCAGGCAUCUGUCCAGAUUUGGAGACGGUACUUAAAGCAAAAUGGUUAACUCCUAAGAAGCAUGUUUUUAGAAAAGAGCAUUCUAAUGGUGUUAAAGCGGAGAGAAGUCAUCUGGGAGUGAAACUCAAUGAAUGUAAUCAGUGUUUUAAAGUCUUCAGCACAAAAUCUAACCUUACUCAGCACAAAAGAAUUCAUACUGGAGAAAAACCCUAUGACUGUAAUCAAUGUGGAAAAUCCUUCAGCAGCAGAUCUUACCUUACUAUUCAUAAGAGAAUACAUAAUGGGGAGAAACCCUAUGAAUGCAAUGACUGUGGAAAGGCCUUCAACGAUCCUUCCUCUCUUAGACUGCACGUCAGAAUUCACACUGGAGAAAAGCCCUAUGAAUGUAACCAGUGUUUUCAUGUUUUCCGCACUAGUUGUAACCUCAAAAGCCACAAGAGAAUUCAUACGAGGGAGAAUCACCAUGAAUGUAAUCAGUGUGGCAAGGCCUUCAGCACGAGGUCCUCCCUUACUGGGCACAAUAGUAUUCAUACAGGGGAGAAGCCUUAUGAAUGCAAUGAUUGUGGGAAAACCUUUAGGAAGAGCUCAUAUCUGACGCAGCAUAUGAGAACUCAUACUGGAGAAAAACCCUAUGAGUGUAAUCAGUGUGGAAAAUCCUUCAGCAGUAGCUUUUCUCUUACCGUGCACAAGAGAAUUCAUACCGGUGAGAAACCCUAUGAAUGCAGUAACUGUGGGAAGGCAUUUAAUAAUCUCUCAGCUGUUAAGAAACACGUGAGAACUCACACUGGAGAAAAACCCUAUGAAUGUAAUCAUUGUGGAAAAUCUUUCACCACUAACUCUUACCUUUCUGUGCACAAGAGAAUCCAUAAUAGGUGGAUAUGACUACAGUAACUGGAAAAGCAUUCAUUGAUUUCUUAUCUCUCAGACAACUUGUGGUAGCUCACAUAGAUGUAUGAGUUAUCUGUUGCUGCGUAACAAAUUUCCCUUUAAAACAUAGUGGCUUUAAACAGCGAACAUUUAUUAUCUAUAGGUCAGAAAUUCAGAACCAGCUUAGCUGUGUAGUUCUGGCUCCGGAUCUCUCAUGAGGUUGCAGUCAAGAUGUCAACAGGAGCUACUGUCAGCUGCUUUACUGCUGAAGAGUCCACUUCCAGAAUGGCUCACUCACAUACCUGGCAAGGUAGUGCUGGUUGUUGGUAGGGAACCUUCAUUGCCUCAUCCUGUAGGACUCUCCACAGCGCUAAGUAUCUUUAUGAUGUAGAACCAGCUUCCUCCCAAAGCAUUUGAUUCAAAAAGGAGUUAAUGCAAAAGCUACAGUGUCUUUUAUGACCUAGACUCAGCAGGACAUACCAUCACUUCUUCCAUAUUUUAAUGGUCACAGACCAAUCCUGAUACAGUGUGGGAAGAGACGAUACUCAGUAUGAAUACCAGGAAACAGAUUGUUGGGAACUGUCUGAGAAGUUUUCCAUGAAAACGCUGAAGAAAGGCCUUCAGGAGACCCUCAUUCUUUCAGUCUGUUUGAUAUGAAGUAAUAAUCAGUAACUCUUGUGUUGAUUCACUCGUGAAAAAAAUCUCAUGAGUGCAGUCUUUAUGAGAAGCUUUCAGCUCAAACUCACAAUGUACGCAAAAGAUUAUGUAUUGGGGAUAAAUCUGAGGAGUACAGUGGUGAUAUCUAGGGAGUCAUGUAACAGUUCACACUAAGGGGAAAACCCUAUGAAUAUCAUCAGAAUGUAAAAGCCUUCAGGGACACUCAUCCUUUAGAACACACAUGAGGAAUCGCUACAGAGGAACAGUCAUAUAAGGAAUGUGGAAAACCCUGUAGCACAAGUAUUUACAUUACUGAACAGAUGAAAUUCUGAGUGCAAGUACUAUGGGAAAACCUUCAGUAUUCUCUCAGUUUUUAAGAGACAGAUGAGGAAUUAUUCUGGAGAGAAAGUCCCAUGAAAUGGCAUCAGUAUUGGAAGGCCUUCCAUUUUCCCACAUUCCUUAAACUGAAAAGUCACUGCAGAGAAACCUGUGAGUAUAAAGAAUGAGGGAAUGCCUUUAAUCAAAGUAUGAAAUUCCUGGAUGCAAAACCUGUGAGUGGACUAAUUCUGGGAAAUCUUUCGGUCAUUCCUGUCUUUGUUGACCUGUGAGAAGUCACGCGGGAGGGGAACCCUAGAAGAUACUCAACAUGAGAUUGCCGCAGCCCUUCCAUGAGUGGCCACAGAAUACUUUAAACGGGGAAUGAAAAGUGUAAAUGUUAUGAGCGUGGUGUUACCUUCAUCAGUGUCUCAUCCUUAGGGUGGGGCAACGAGCUCUUUAAUUUUCAGCCUUUUUGCUUAAGUAUAAACAUUUAUGUCUAUAGUUGUACCCUAAAAUAAACCUUAAAUUAUGUUCCAUAGUUCUGUAUGUAAUAUGUUUAUCAUCAUUUACUCUAAAAAUAUUAACACGUUGCAUAUUCAUAGAGGUAUUUCUUAAUAUCUCCUGAGUGAUUUAGUUAUCCUAGUAGAAACUAGGAUACUAUAUUUGCUACAUGCCUUUUUCUAAUUUAAUGGUAUUUUUAUCAAGUAAGUGGACUUUAUGAUGUUCAGAUAUAGUAUGUACAUUCAGGUUUGUGUUUUUUUUUUUCUUCUCAAGCUUAUUUAGUGAUAGGUGUGAAAGUCUUCCAUAUGGUAAUGGAUUAACAAAUUCUUCUUGGUAUUUCUGUCAUUUUUUCUUUUGUAUUUUGAUGUAAAUAAGUACAUAUAUGGUUAGGUAUUGUUUUGUGAAUUGUUCUUUUUUAUGUAGGGGCCGUAUUUUUUCAUAGCAGAGUAUUUCAAUACAGUAAUAAAUGAUUGAACGUUUAUAUAGCUCUUCCCAAAGACCACGCACUCUUCUAAAUGCCUUAUGGAUAUUAACUUACUGAAUGCUCAGUAUAAGCUUAAGAAAGGUGUACUAUUAACAUCCCAUUUUGCAGAUGAGAAAAUUGGCAUGGUACGCUUACGUUACUUGCCUACCUAAGUUCACUGGCUGGUAAAUGGUAGAGCCCAUAUUUGAAUCCAGACAGUCUGUGCUCUCAACCACUAGCCUAUUUAUUGAGUGUAUUCUAUAUGCCAAGCACUGUUUGAGACACUGGUGUCUAUAGCAAUGAAUGAAACUCAAGUUUUGCCCAUUAAAACACUUACGUCCUAAUGACUCUUCCUAUAGAAAAAUCAGGAAAAUACGUUGUUAUAAGUGUGAUGUAGAAAACUAAAGCAGUGUGUAGAGGAUGGAUGGACCUAGAGACUGUCAUACAGAGUGAAGUGAGCCAGAAAGAGAAAAACAAAUACUGUAUAUUAACACAUGUAUGCAGAAUAUAGAAAAAUGGUACAAAUCAACCGUUUUGCAAGGCACAAAUAGAGACACAGAUGUGGAGAACAAACAUAUGGACACCAAGUGGGGAAAGCAGGGAUGGUUGGGAGGGGAAUGAAUUGGGAGAUUGGGAUACCAAAUUGUACACUCUAAUAUAUGCAGUUUAUUGUAUGUUAACUGGAUCUCAAUAAAAGUUCUAAAAAAAAAAGAAAAGAAAACUAAAGCAGUAUAAGAUAGUUA